AAUAGCUCUUGCGAGUAAUUCGCGUUUACAAGCGCCCACUUUCUGGCGUCGCAAAUAAUCUUAUUUCCGGGAAGACCUACGCUUGUAAUUAAGAAUCCAGUAGUUGCAAACUGUUCCCGAAUUAUCUCCGAGUGAUUUUAUGUGACUAAAGAGUGCAGAUAUAGCAGUGGAUCCAGCGAAUUGGCCACCGGUUUCUCCGUUUCGAGAAUUCUCGACGGCUUGUGUGGGGUAAAAGCGCGGUUUGGCCAGGAUUGGAUCGCUAGAAGGUGCCUAAGGCAUGGAGGAGGAGCCAGUUGCCAUCGGCAAUGAUGGCCAGGUCAUUAUUUCUGACCAAAUCGGACACAAUUCGGAAGGCGUGGAUGGCGUUAAAGCCACAAAUCCGUUUAGCAGAAACACUAAUUCGGGAUCAAGGGAAGGCGGCAUUCUGCAAAGCUUCGAGGCAGAAAGGCGGCUCAUCGCUUUGGUACGCCGCCAGCCGAUUUUGUAUGAUGCCCGGCAUCCAAAAUUCCAUGACGUCGCUCUCAGGGAGGAACAGUGGCAGAAGAUCGCCCGCCGCCUGGCCACGGAUUUGACCAAUUGCCUGACGGCGUGGUCGGAGCUGCGCUACAGAUUUCAGCGCCAUGUGCGACGUCUAAGGGCCUUCCAUCGCAGUGCCACACAAAGCCAUCGGACAGUCCAGCGUCGGCGUCCUUGCAUGCGACACGAGGAGGAGCUGCACUUCCUGUACUCCCAUGUGGCCAGGUUCCCACUAAUUGUGGAGAAGGCCCAGCCGGCAGAGAUUGUGGAAGCGGAAAGGAUCGUUGAGAAGGAGAAACUGCCCGAUGUGGAGUUCGUGGAACCGCCGCCAGUGGACAUUAUAGAUGUGGAUCUCGAGGAGGACACCACCUAUCACUACCGUUGCACCAAGGAAGAGCGACGCCUCAUAGAGGCAGUCCAAGCCUAUCCAGUUCUGUACGAUGCCUCGUACACGGGCUAUCAGAACAGACGACAUCGCGGUCUAGUUUGGGGUGCCAUUUCCAAUGAACUCCAUGACAAAGCCACCAAGCUGAUGAAGAGCUGGCUGAAGCUGCAGACUCGCUACGAGUGGGAGCUGACCCAUCGCCCAUCACUGGUCGCCACGUCGGAGCUGUGUCAGCGGAUGGAGUUCAUGCAACCGCACAUACUGCGCCAGCGCGGCACCGUAUGCAAGGCUUCCAAGUACCUGCAAAAAGAAUGGCACGAGCCCAUCGAGCACUUCCGCAGCGUGAUGGCGCUGAUCAAUACGAUGCGCAACAUGCCCGAACUAGUACAGCUGACGGACGAAUCCCUCAACUACGAUGUGAAGCCGCCGCGCUACGACGAGUUCUGGAAGAAGGUCGGUUUUGAAGUGAUGUGCAGUCACGAGUGCUGCGAGGUUACCUGGCUGGUACUGCGCUCCUUCCACCACGAAUUGCUGGCCAUGCGCUUAGCCGGCUAUCUGCUGCAGGACAAGUGGUACUUUGAGAACGCCCUAAGCAGUAUCUUUAAGCACGUUGCCUCUCAUCCCACGCCCCGUCACGCCCCAAAACGCAAAGCCAACGGCUCAAUACCAUUGGUGGGGGAGCCCCCGUCCAAAACACCGGUGCCGCCACGUCUGCCACUGGCUAUUGUCUACCCGCCCACCUCAAAAGGCAGCAGCACGAGUAUGACCAGCAGCAGCACGAGCACUGCCACCAGCAUUGGCCCCACCUUCUCGAAUGCCAGGAGCUCCUCUGGCCCAGCCAUCCACAAUGCGCCCACCGCAGCCGCAACCAACAGCGUCAGUUCAAAUGUGUCGACCGAUCAAGCUGUUCCCGCGUUUGUGAUUCCCAAGAUCACGUCCGCCAUCAGUGUGGGCCCGACCAAUACGCCACCCCUAAAGCUGCCGCCCACAUUACGAAUUGCGCCCAAAACGGCGGUGGCUAUGGGAAUGGGCGUGUCCCCCGUCGUUACCACCAAUCAAAUGGCGGGCUCAAAUGCAAAGCCGACUGAAAGGCGCCCUCAGAUCCCACAGCGUCCUGGCUUGCAGGUUACGCUCCUUACGAAGACUCAAAUGCCCAAAUCUCCGCAAAUGGCACCGGCUGUACCACGCAAUGUAAUUCGAACGAUAAAUCCAACCAAUCCAGCUCAACCACAACCGAGGGUCUCCGGAGGGCCAAUGUCGGCACUGGGAGCACUGCUCAGCGGAACGCCUAGGCCGCAAAAUCCAGCGCCAUUACAUUCACCAGCUCCGCCACAUGCACUGCCCAAUUUGGUACCAAUAAUACCAUCGAAUAUCACAGCUAACAGCAAUUUGCCAACAGCCCCAGCGGCUCCUAUGGUUCGAAUACACCAGCCGGGACUGAAAAGCGGUUGGGAUGGCAGGAGCAUAAGCUCUCCGGCCAGCAAGUCAUUGGGAUCCCCAGCAGCCACAACUGUGUCUGCAGCAGCAGCUCCUAUCGCACCAACUGAAGAACCAGCGAGAGCAAAAACAUCACAAACCAUGUCCAAAUCGAGUGCGGUGCCAGCAACAACAGCGAAUUACACCAAGAAAUAUCGACCAAUCGUACCGGCAGUCCCUACUGCAAUUAGGAUGACCAAACCGGCAGCAGAACCACCAGCAACUGAGUUGCCUGUACCUCCUCCUCCAAUCGGCACUGAACAAACAGUGCGAGUUGUAUAUAAAGCACCAUUACUUCCUAAAUCAGCAACACAAGCUGCAGCUGCAACACAAGCUGCAUCUGCAACACAAGCUGCAUCUGCAACACAAGCAGCAUCUACAACACAAGCUACAUCUGCAACACAAGCAGCAUCUACCACAUCUGCAACACAAGCUGCAUCUGCAACACAAGCUGUAUCUGCAACGCAAACUGCAUCUGCAACGCAAGCUGCAUCUGCAACACAAGCAGCAUCUGCCACAUCUGCAACACAAGCUGCAUCCGUCACAUCUGCAACACGGGGCAUAUUAGCAAGUCAGGCUAGAACUGCGACAGCAGCAAUAGACAUUUCAGACAAACCAGCACCAGUGGACGCACCAGCCAAAUUGCCGGCAGUAGCCAAGGCAACACCAGUAUCACAGUCAGAUAAGGAAGCAAGCGCAUCUCUAGGCAGUCAGCCGGAGAAAUUGCCGGGUGGCGACAUAAGCGUUCGUUGGCAGGAGUAUGCCGCCACUGGGAACGUAUUGCAGAUUUGGUGCGGCAAAUACCCUACUCGGUACAAUCUCAAUAUGGUUAGGACGGCAACGCUGAUCCGCGAGGUGAUGGCUGUGCCGCAGCUGCACAGGGAAGAUCCACAAUUGGCGGCCAAGUGUGAUGAGUUCUGGAAGGUCAUCGCCAAGAAGUUCCAUAUGCCAGAGGAAGCUUUGCGCGCAUGCUGGAAAUUCUUGGCGGACAACAUGAGUGUGUUUCCGAAGAUUGCGCCGAUGUCGGAACUGAUGCGUCCGUUUAAGGCCAGCGUAAGGGUGUGGGAGAAAUCGCAUCGUUUGUUUAGCAAAUUUGACGAGAUAGCACUAAAGUACCAGUGGAUGAAUCACAAGGACAUAUUGCCGGACGUAAUACGCCUCUUCGCGAAGCAUGAGCACCUCUACUGGGAGAUGCGCAAGCCGCGACCUGGCGAAAUGGCCCAAAUUCCACACCACUUCACGGAUCUGGAGAAACAGGAGGUGUGGCGGGAGGCACGCAUUAAAUACCCAAAUCUCAAUCAUCGGGACAUUUGGUCAAUGUUUAAGUUCGCAUUCCGCACGUACAUGGAGGAUCUAGAGCGCGGCAUUGAGAAUCCCUGGCCACAAAACUGGUGGCAGACACUGGAGCAGCUAAGGUUUCUGGCCAAUGUGCGCUACCAUCCGCUCGAGCCCUACUACUAUAUCGUACACAACAAGAUCUCAGAGGAGGUGAAGAGGUGUAGCAUGUACGAGGCUCUAAUGUCCGCCGAUCCUACCGAUAAGGUCAAACCCACACCGGCUAUCCUUUUAAAGCGGCUUACCAAGACACCCAUGCCAUGGGAGACGGAGGAGGCCAAGCGCUUGCUUACCGGCAAGUUGGAUGGCUUGAGAAGCUCUGAAAGUACCAGCCAGACUGCUACUCCUCCUGCUUCUGCUCCUCCUCCUGCUUCUUCUUCUGCUUCUGCUUCUGCUCCUCCUGCUUCUGCUCCUCCUCCAGCUCCUGCUCCUACUCCAGCUCCAGCUCCGGCACCCACUGCUCAAUCUAUUCCUGUACCUGAUGGCGUUUCCGUGUGCACAAAGACACCCGAGAGCAAGUCAGCGCCAAACACCAAUGUCAAAUCUCAUAAAGGCAAGAAAAGCUCGAGCGCGCAAAAACGUUUGUCCCCUGCGAAAACUGUCACCUGCAAUCUUCCGCCCAUUGAGGCAUUUGAGCUGACCAAGGUGCUGCGCCGCCAACCACAUACCUUCGAGCGGGCGAGCACCAUUAACAAGCGAACCGCCUGGGUUCGCGUAUCAAAUGAGUUAAAUGCCACAGUGACCGAAUGCCGCUUAGGACUGCAGUACGCUCUGCGCGAGAUGCGCAAUUUGAAGAUCGCCGAUCCAAUGAAUCAAUGUGCCAUGGGCCACAAGUACUUCCAUCACAUGUCGGAGAUCUACAAGCAGGUGAAGCCGAAUGGCCAGCUCAUAGUCCGCACGCCACAGCAGCUCAAUCAGCUAAACCAAUCGCCUGCGGAGGUAACCGCGGAGGAAGUUAAACCGCGCGGAUUCUUGCCCGAAAUCAAUGUGACCACUUGCAGUCCGGAGCUCGUGGUUAAGAACUGGGCCCACGCCGCCGGUAACUUGUCCGCGCCCAAUCAGGAUACACUGUUUGUCAAGCUGACGCAGGUUUUCUCCAAAUACGCCAAGAAAGUCAAUCCGACAGCACCUUAGCUCUCCAAUCCAUUGGCACGCUUAUCGUGGUCAUACCUAACUAUGUAAGAACUUUCGCCGUUCCAUUGACACACUCAAUGCGCACGUCAUUGUCAUUAGCAUACAUCUUAUUUAUAACAUUGCGAGACAUAUUUUUUUUUUAAAGACCCAUUUAGAAUAACUUUUGAAUAAAUGGUUACAACAAGUAAA